AUGAUGAGGAAUAUUUUGCCUUUAUUCAAUACACCAUUGUUUAAAUACGCCCAACACAUUGUUUUGUUUGCUAUCAUCACAAGUCUGCAUGUAAAUAUCAUCAGUGGGUGUGGGUGUGUGAAGCACGGAAAACGGUAACCCUAACAUGGACUGCAAAGGAUGAAGGAUGCGUAAAAUCCAACGUAAUGAAGGAAAUUGCGUGGAGAAAAUGGUGCAAGGCUAAUUCUCGGAAGUUGGACUUAUUUUUUCAAAGUUUCUGUGAAAUCAGGUGAACGAUUUGUGUAUUACAAAACAGAACAAAGUUCUGGAUUUCGACUGGGAAAACUUCAUACAUUAUCAUCAUAAUUAAUACCGAAGUUGUAAGAGUUUGAAGCGAGCACCCGAGAAGUUAACGGCAGUUUGUUAGUUCCCUUUCCUCCUAUUAUACUAAAUAACACAAGUUUGCUCAGAUUGUGUCAAAACCCUGUGGGUGCGAGAAAGAAGCAGAUGAACAAGAAGCGGGGGAAUAAUAAGAACCAGCAAAAACAAUAAGUCUCCAUAAAUCGAACAGCCAGGAAAUGAUGGAGAAUACUUCAUUAUCAGUUAAUGUUGUUCACGUUCUGACCCAUGGAUCUAAUAUUUUCCUACAAUUUACAGUGGAUGAAAGAGAAAUGUUUUCUAGUUUUUUCUUCUUCGUGUACUAGGGAAUGUUCACUUUUCUACUUGUACUUCUGCAUAACAAUCAUUAUUUUUGUAUCAUAGAUCAAUGUCAUUGGUCACAUCGAUGCUGAAUUUUUUCUCUAUUUUUUUUCUUCAAGGCAUAAAGUGCAGUUCAUAAUGUCUGUGUUUCUGCUCAUCUUUCUCCUCCAUACCAUACUGUACGUUAAGGGGAAAGGGGUAAUUUGGAGUACUUCUUGUCCUUUACUAUUAAAUGUCCAACAAUCAUCAUAAGCAGUAGGCAUUCGGAGAGCGGCGACUGAGAUCAAAUCCAUCGUACAUGUACAUGUGAUUGAUUCUACCUCAUAUAAUAAUAAUACACAACUUAAAAAUGCUUCUACUUUUGUUAUUUACCAAAUGUGUGACGUUAAAGUUUAAAAAAUUGGAAUCGAUUUAGAUAAAAGUAGAUUUUCGGUUUUCUUUCAAGGUAUGGCAACACGAAAAUAACUUUAUUUCAUAGAAGAAAAAAAAGAAGAAAAAUAUUCAGGGUCAGAUAUAAAUAUCGACUCGGCUAAUUGUCAAUUCGUAUUAUGGCAUGUCAAAUGUUGAAUUGUUUUUUUUUUUAUAUUUUCCAUUUGUAUUGCAUGAUUUUUCAUUUGUAUUGUAAAAAUAUACAUUCUGUAUUGCAUAUUUUUUAUUUGAAUUAUAUAUUUUUUUUCGUUUUAUUGUAUUUUUCCCAUUUGUAUUUUAUAUUUUCCUUUUGGUUUUAUAAUUUUCUUUUGCAUUAAUGGAUUUUCAUUUGUACUGUAUAAUUGUUUAUUUGAAUUGUAUAUUAUUUUUCAUUUGCGUAUAUUGUAUCUGAGGGAUUGUUUAUUUUGGCUUGUUACAAUCAAUCUCAUUGGUGUAAACUAUGGUUCAAUUAUCAAACCAUAGGCAAUAUAUUUUUGAUGACUACUGUUUACUUACAUGUAGAUUCUAACUCUGUCACUCAUCAACCUCGUGUUUAAACUAUUCAUGCAUCAAAAUUGGUACCGUAUAAGUUUUACAUGCAGAAAAAAGAGGGUCAGUUUAUGUUGUGGUUGAGCAUUCAGAACAUUUCGCUAGUUUUCAAUACGAUACAGACUAAAACUUGACCAAUAAAAUUCUUCAUAACUAAUCAAAAUAAACAAUUCCUCGAAUACAAUACUAAUGAAAAAUAUACAAUACAAAUGGAAAAUGGAAAGAAAACUAAAGAAGACAAAUACAAUAUUAUACAAGAUCAAGUAUUACAACAUUUGGAAUGUCGAAUAUAUGCAUAAUGUUUUACUGGUUCAAUUGCAUAAUUUGUUUCUAGUGUGUGAAAACGUGCAUACAAUUAAUGAAUCUUCCGUGUUCUCUAAUAUUCCAUCAGGAUAUAGCACACUUGACUAUUAUUGAACAAUAAAUGUUUGAAGGGAAAUGGGUCAAAGAGUUUUCAAUGUAAGUUUAGAAAGCAUAGACGGAAUGGAUUUAAUAUUUCAUAUGAACAUUUUUAAUUCAUGGAGAGGUCUAAACAUAGGAUUGGCCUUAUUGGUUUUAUCACUCAAUGCAGAAACAGCAACUAAAGGAAACUGUGUUAACGAUGGGUACGUAGAACAAGGAGGCAAGUGCUGCACGAAUUUUUACCAUCACAAUGGUGGAUGCAUUCCCUGCCCUACGGGUUCCUAUGGAGAUAACUGUUCCACUACUUGUCCAUACCUGUCUUACGGGGAGAACUGUGGUUUCCAGUGUAAAUGUAGUGCGGAUGAAGUUUGUAGUCCCCAUAUAGGGUGUGUCAAAACAAGUACCGCGUCCACUUCUACAACAAGUACCGAAGCAGGAAACGACAUGAAGUCAAUUGAAAAAUCCCCAAAAGUCGAAACAAAAUCAACGAGAAAUCCUUACAGUUCAAAAGUAGACGAAGUAUAUCCUAUUCCUACGGAUAUCAUUCCUUCCUUAGCAGUGGUAUCCAAGGAAACAAAUUCUGUGACUCCUACGUCAGCUUCUGGAGGUAACUCACAAACCUUACAGGUCAUCAUAAUCACAGGAUCUGUAUUAUCUUUAUUUCUGAUCAUAAUAAUAAUUAACCAGAUUCACGGAAAACUGAAAAAGCGUAGGAAAAACAUUUCUGCAAGCAAAAAGUCCAAGCCAUCGGCUACGAACGAAGCAGAGGAAGAGCUUUAUGUAGAAAUAAACGAGUCUGGCAUGCUGGAAAAUAUUUCAAGAUACGACAAAAUCGAGUCGCAAACGUCAAUAAAACAACAAAACUCAAACGGAGAUGUUUCGAAAAUUGAAAUCCGUAAUGAAACAAAACCAAUGCUUCCAAAAUUAAGAAAUGAAGUCAUUGGUACAAAAUCAGAAGAACUUAGUGUUAGACAAGAAGACGAGAGUUUGGAAGAGAGACGUUCAGUUUAUCUGGAUGUUGUGACUAACAAUCUUAAUGAAUCCCCGGAUAAUUCUUACCUGAAACCAGUAGGUAUGUUAAACACGUAUAUAGACGUGAUAGGUUCGCCACCAAAAGGGAUGUCAGAAAGCGGAAGUCGGACCGAGUGUCAGACCUUUGAAGUGGAAAGUCCAUCGAUCUGUCAAAGCGAGCUAACCAGUCAAAUGGACACAUAUCUUGAAAUUAUCCAUGAGUAGAGAUCAUUCACAUAUGUAUUUUGUUUUUAAUCUUGUAUGACAAAUACUUGUAAAAACUUAUGUGGAUCAGCAUGUACUAAUACAGAUUAAACGUAACUUUCAACGAUAAAAACAA